AUGAUCGCCUCUGCCGCCGCCCGCGCCAGCCCGCGCAUCGCCCAGCAGGUCGUUGCCCGCCGCGCCUUCCACGCCACCCGCGCCCGUCUCUCGUCGCCCUACCACUACCCCGAGGGCCCCUACUCCAACUUGCCCUUCAACACCAAGACUCGCUUCUUCGCCGUCCGCUACUGGGCCUACAUGGCCACCGGCUUCUUCUUGCCCUUCGGCAUCGCCAUCUGGCAAACCAAGAAGCCCAAGGCUUAA